ACACUGGCAGACAGCGAGCAGGGCAUACAUUUAAUAAUGAAUUGUUAAAAUGAUAAGUGCGCGCCGAAUCAGUUUGUGUAUGUUAAUCGGACAGUUAAAUAGUUAACAAUAACCAAUAUUUUUUUAUAAUAAAUUUAUGCGUCGUCGUCUGCUGCUGCUUCAAUCGUUAAAAAGUGCGUGGAAAAGUGUACGAGAAACCAAUACACGGAAAGUGGGACAACCGAGCGCUACGCUUGUGUCUGUGAAUGUAUGUGUGUGUGUGUAUGUUUGUGUGUUUGCGUGCGUGUGUGCGAGACGAGUACAAGUACGGGUAAUUUGUACCGACUACUACAAUUUCAGUCAAUGUGUACGACAAUGUUUUUUUUCUGUUGUAUAUUAAAUAAAUAAUAUCGAAAAAGUGCAACGAAAUGUUUACAAAGUGUGCAAAUAAAAACAAAACAUGUUUCAUGUCUUAACACACCGACAAAGACACGCGCACACCAUUAUACACGCGAAUUGCAUGCAAAGAGAAGGCGCUCAACUUCUACUCCAUCUUCUUUUGUCUGACGUUUUGCCGCAUGGUAACAGCAAGCAGCAAUUGUGUGAUUGCGUUUGGUGUGGAUAAAGGACAAAAGCAAUGAAUGAUUUACGCCAGCAACAGGUACAGGUACAGGUAGCAGCAACAUCGUCUUCAGUCAGCCUGGCAGCAGCAGCGGCAACAGCAACACAUUGCUCCAGUAGCUCCAGCAACAGUUGCUCCACAAACAGCAGCAACAGUUGCAGCAGCGCCAACGUCAGUCCACGAUCGAGUUGCAAUUCAAAUUGCAGCAUUGCUUCCAAUUCCAAGGCGACAACAACAACGACGGCAGCAGCAGCAGCAGCAACAACAACUAGUUGCAGACAACAACGAGAAGUAGCAGAAGAAGAGGAGCAACAAGAAGUGAGCUCAACAUCGUCGCCGGCGCAGCGACAACAGCAGCAGCAGCUACAGCAACAUCAAUUGAAUGUGUCGACGACAGCAGCAGCAACGCAACGGCAGCAGCAACAGCAACACCAGCAGCAGCAGCAACAUUGUCACCAGCAGCAACAGUUGCUGUUGGGUCAAAUAACGAGCACCACAGCAUCGCCGCCGCAGCAACGACUGCGCGACGAUGCGCAGCUGCCAACUAGCAAUAACAACAACACUGCAACAACAGCAGCAGCAGCAGCAACCACAGCAACUACAAACACAGCAGCAAUGGCCGCCACGGCCUUGGAUCUAAAUGGUGAGGAGAAUAACAGCAGCAGCAGCAGCAGCAGCAGCGGCGGCGGAGGGGGAGUUGGUGUUGGAGUUGGAGGAGCAGCUGGUCAUAAAAUCAUUUUAAAAUUGUCAAAACACGGCAGCAAUCAUCAACAUCAUCAUCAUCACAGUAGCAGCAGCACAAGCGAAUCUCUAUCUUUGUCCAUUAAUGAUGAACGACGUGUGGAACCAUUGCGCAUACAAUUGCCAGCAACAACAGCAGCAGGAACAGCAGCAGCAACAACAUCGGCAACAACAGCAGCAGCAACAACAACAACACUGGUGCCCAAAAUAACCAUAAGACCCAUAAAGCCACAAGAUGCAACAACAACAACAGCAGCAGCAACAACAACAGCAGCAAUUGCUGUUGCCUCCUCCUCGAAUUGCAAUUCGGAUGCAUCAUCAUCAUGUUCAAAUUCCUCCUGUGCUGAUGAAGAGCAACAACAGCAUCAGCAGCAACAACAACAACAAUUGCCGCAUAUUGUACCCAAAUUGACAAUAAGAUCGAAUGAGGAGCGUGUGAGCAGUGUGGUGCCCAAAUUGAUAAUUAAAAUGCCCGACACGGGCAACGACAACAACACACUUAAUCCACUCAAGGCGACAACAACAACAACAACAGUUGCGACGGCAGUUGCAGCUGCAACAGUUGCUGGUUUACCCAAAUUGACCAUUAAGACAACAACCAAAAUGGAGGGAAAUGGCAACGAAACACAACUGAUGAGUUGCAGUUUAUCCCCAGCUUCGGCUUCUAGUUCAUCAGCUUCAUCCUUUUCAGGAUCGGGUUCUGGUUCGGGUUCGGAGCAAUUAACAGUGCCCAAGUUGAUGAUUAAAACAACGCAUGCCGGCAGCAGUUGCAUAAGCAGCGAGCAACAACAACCGAUACCAAAGCAACAACAACAGCAACAACUGCCGCCACAACAACAACAACAGCAACACACGGUUGUCAUGACACAUGAUGCAACAAAUGCACAAUGUAUACCCAAAUUAACCAUUAAAACCAAGUCCAUUGAGCUAGAAGAAGAACAGCAGCAGCAGCAACAACAACAACAAUCGCAGCAGCAACAGCAAUUGGUGCCCAAAUUGACUAUAAAAACAAGCAAUUGCAAUGAGCAACAAUUGGUGCCCAAAUUAACCAUUAAAACGAGCAAUUGCAACAAUGAACAACAACAGCAGCAGCAACAACAACAAGCACAACAACAACCGUUGCUCAAGUUGACCAUAAAAAAUCUAUGCUCGCCAAAACAUAAAGUGCGUGCGGUGCUAGAAGAAAAAGUGUUGACCUCCAAAUUGACCUUGACAAAUGGCGGUGAAAGCAACAGCAGCAACAACAGCAGCACCAGCAGCAGCAACAACAGUCAACAAGAGUUUUGUGGAUUUGCAGAUGCAACAACAACAGGAACAGUAACAGCAACAACAAUUGCUGAGAAUGAAAAUGAUGAAUUGAGACGCAAUUCGGAUGACAUGGAUAUUGAUGAUGCAUUGUCCAAAGAGCAUGAUCCAAAAAUCUUUCACAAUUUGCCAGCAGCAGCGACAACAGCAGGAGCAACAGCAGCAGCAGCAGCAACAAUAGCCAGCAAUGGCAUUGCAACAGCAACACAACAACAUAAUAUUGUAGACAUGGUGGAUUUAACAUCGUCACCUUCACCGGGUUCAUCGCCAGCGCAUGUUGUCAACAACAACAACUAUGCAGCGACAACAACAGCAACAGUUGGCGGCGCGACAACAACAACUGCCAGCAGUCGCAGCUUGUCACCAGCGCAAUCACAAAAUCUAUUGCUGGAAUGUCUGCGCAUGCAAAUGGAAGCAGCAGCAGCAACAACAACAGCAACUGCCAGCAGCAAUUGCAACACUGGCAACAGCAAUAUAUUGCUCAGUCAGUUGACGGCGCCACCAAAAAGUUUUAGUGGCAACAAUUCAACAGUUGCUGCCAAAUAUCCGCAAUUAACGGAACGUCUUAUGGCCAAUGGUGCUGCCAAAGAAGCAAUAACAGCGGCAACAGCAGCAGCAGCAGCAACUGUUGCCGCCACGCAGCCUGCCAUUAUUGAUUCCAUUGAGAUUCUGGACACGCCCGAGGGAAGUCCACAAUUGCAAAGUGCCUACGAAUCGGAGACGCCACCACCAAUGAUGCAUCUUCCUCUCAGCAAUCACCAUCAUCCUCAUAAUCUGAAUCAUCAUCAGUACCAUGUGAAUCAUGUGAAUCUUAAUCACAAGCCAGACAAUCAGCAACAGUUGCAGUUGCAGCUGAACAACAACAGUGAGAAUCAUUUGAAGCGACAGCAGCAACAGCCACAACAACAACAACAUCAUCAGCAGCAUCAGCAAGAUCCAAAUGCAGAAUCUCCCAGUGGCUUGCCGCCGAGUAAACAGCGGCGCCUGGACAACAAUGAGAAUGAUCAGCAGACGCACAAUUGCAGCAAUGAUACGGCAGCAACAGUUGCAGCUGCUGCAGCGACCACAGCACCGGCAGCAGCAACAACAACAACGCCGCAUCGAAGUCGCAAACAGAAGCACGAGCGCAUACUCAACACGGAUUUGGAGGAGUCACAACAUGGACUGAGCAACGGGAAUCUGUUGAUGGAGGAGAUGCGUCUGGUGUACGAAAAGUUGCAGGGACAACAACAACAGGCAGUAGCAGCAGCAGCAGCCACAACACCAGGCGCAACAGCGGCGGCAACAACACCAGGAGCGGCAACAACAGCAGCGGCAGCAACAACAACGACGACGACAGGCAAACGACGUGGACGUCCAAAAAGAAAUGCAAAUGAUGCAGCAGCAGCGGCAACAACACAACAACAAUUGUUGUCCGCAACAGCAGCAACAACACCUGGCACACCUGUUGCUGAUGGCAACACAGACAGUGCUGUGAAAUCACGGCGUGUGCAACUGUUGAGAAAACGUCUGGCCAUUGAUAUGGUGAGUGUGAGUGCGAGUGAGACGGAGUUGCUAAUGCAAAAUGCAACAACAGCAACGCAAAUGGAAAAUAAUCACAUCUCUGAGGAUGCAACACAGCAACGUUUGUCCGGGGCGCUAGCAACACCGCGACGUGCCACACGACGUGGCAAUGCCUCAACAGCAACAACAGCAACUGUUGCAACUGCAACACCAGCAAAAACAACACGCAAACGUUUAAGCAAAGCAGCAAGCAGAGGAGCAGCAACUGUUGCUGCUGUGGAGGAGGCAUCACAAUUUGUUGAAACAAACAACAACAGCAAUAACAGCAACAGCAACAUGUCGUCGUCAGCAGCAGCAGCAGCAUAUGCCAUUGAUUUAACCAUGUGCUCAUCCUCAUCAUCCACGAGCAAUGGCAGCGCAACAACAACAACAGCAGCAGCCGCAGCAACAACAGUCACAUCAGCAAUUGGUGGCAACAACUCGAUGCUGCCACCGACAACAAUAUUGUCCUCAUCAGAUCCAUUGCCAGAUGUCAUCUUUCAACCCAAUGAUUUCUCAUCAAUAAUGGCCACACAACAAUUGCGCAACAACAACAACAGCAACAGUUGCAACAGCCACAGCAACAGCAACAGUGGCAGUCAACAUGACUCCCAUGAUGAGGACAACUACAGCACGCUUGAACAUUCUGGAGAUGAAUCCUCAGCGUCCUGCAACAUUUUGUCCACGUUUGGUGGCAAUGCGAUGCCAACGACGCCCACUCGAGGACGGGGGCGUGGUCGCGGCUCGAGGGGAGGCGGUGGUGCAGGUGCAGGUCGGAGUAACAGCAACGCGUCGAGUAGCCGCAAUUCAUUAACAAAUGCGGCACAACCACGUGUGCCACGAAUGAGUCGAGGGGCAAGUGCUGUGGCAAAGGCGAUUGCCAUGAGUCGACCACGCUGCGUAGGCGGACUCAAGCAUCAACCGGAUCCGGAGCGGCUCAAGGGUCUAUUCAGUCCGUCACCGCAAGUAUUCGAGGAGGACACACGAAUGAGUGCCGAUCUGAAUAACAGUAAUCAAUCGGUGACUAGCAUGGAACCUCCGCUGACGCCACAAAAGCAACUGGAUUUUCUGAAUAACGAGGAAUCGCAAUCAUCGAUGGUGAGCAGCGUCAGUUUGAUUGACUCCAAUCAGGGUCAAUCAUCGGUGGAUGCCAUCAUUGGAUCAGCAUUGAAGCGUCCAAAGAAAAAGAAAAUGGAGAUUUGUGUGGCCGAAGACACGGACUUUAAUGCCGCGUCGAUAGCGGAAUAUGAUUGGCCACCGCCCAAGGGCUGUUGUCCGUCCAAGAAUCGUGAUACGUUCAUGAUCCAGGAGCAGAUUGCCCUCUAUUUGGGCAUAACGAGUUUUAAGCGUAAAUAUCCGGAUCUUCCACGACGUCCCGUCGAUAUGGAGGAACGCAAUUGGUUGCAGGAGAAAGGACUUGUUAGCGAGAAAAUGUGCGAUUUGGGCAUAACAGCCGUUUGGGCCUCCGAUAUAUUGGACAUAAUGUAUGCGGAUUUCUAUGACAAGUAUGAGGAGUACAAGGAAUAUAUACGACAAAAGCAUCUGAGGGAUAUUGAGGCGAAACAAAAGGCACUCGGACUCACUGUGGGCAAUGGACGUGGAUUGCAGGCCCGUGAUCGUGCCAUGCUCUCCACCAGCAAAUGGAAUGUCUACUUCAACAAGACACGCAAAGAGGAGCGUGUUGCCUGUUUGGAUCUGCAAACGUUUACCAUGAAUCUGCCGGUGCCGAGAUCAGCGCCAAGUUCAACACUAUUGCAUCGCUCCAUCACAAAUGCCGUCAGAUCGGCAGCUGAGGCUGAGAAUAUGAUAGUGCCCCCAAAUCUAUUGCCGCCGCGUGUCUACGAUGUCGCCUAUCAAAAUCCCGAUUACGCCUAUCCCCUGGUCCUCGUACCGGGCCAAUUCACGUCCAACUAUCGCCAGUUUACGCCCGCCGAGCUAAGAGCUUAUCCUUUGAACAGCGCAUUGGAGAAACCUCAGCAGCUGCUGCUUGAUCCCGUUAAGUCAGAGCCAACAAAGUCCACUGCAACAGUGCGUCGCAGUCAACGUGCGCGUCAGCAUCAGCUGCGCAGCAAUGAAGCCAAAACGUCAAGCGCCUCCUACUACAGCGGCAGCAGCAGCAGCGACGCCAGCAGCAGUGAAUCUGAGAGCGAUGGGGACAGCGACAGCAGCUGCAGCAGCAGCGCAAGCAGUGAAAGCAGUCACAGCAGCGCCAGCAGCAGCAGCAGCAGCUCGAUUAACUCCAGCUAUGAAACUGAACAGAAGCGGCAACAGGAUGCGAGAUUAUCCUCAAAUUGUGGUGUCUGUCUGCGUAGUCAACAUCGCAAUGCUAAAAAUAUGCCCGAAGCCUUUAUACGCUGCUAUAGCUGCCGGCGUAGAGUGCAUCCCAGUUGCAUUGAGAUGCCACAGCGAAUGGUGGGACGCGUGAGGAACUACAAUUGGCAAUGCGCGGACUGCAAGUGUUGCAUCAAAUGCCGCAGCAGCCAAGAAGCUGGCAAAAUGCUUUAUUGCGAGCAAUGCGAUCGCGGUUAUCACAUUUAUUGCCUGGGCGUUAAAACGGUGCCCGACGGUCGCUGGAGCUGUGAACGUUGUUCGAUUUGUAUGCGUUGUGGCGCCACACGUCCCGAGGGACUGCCGUUGCAACAACAACAACAUCAAUCUCCAUCAUCAUCAUCAUUAGCAUUAGCAAUGUCACCCAAUGGGGGGGACAAGAGUGUGAAACCCGUGAAGCACAAAAAGGUGAAAUGGAUGAACGAAUAUCGCAUCGAUCACAUCACAAAUUUGAGGGAACAUUGCUCCAUGUUGUGUGUGCCGUGUGCACGUGCCAAGCCCGCCAAGCGUACUCCACCUACUCCUGCCAACAACAACAGCAACAACAACAAUAACAAUAGUUGCAACAACAGCAACAGCAAUCAGUCAACUCAAUCUCAGUCGCCAGUGCAGGCCAAUGGUGGCAAUAACAACAACAAUAACGCUGCUGUCUGUGCAACAGAUGCUGCACUUAGCCCAAGAACUUGCAACAACACCGCAAUAAUAACAACAACAAUGCCAGCAGAUGCGCCAGCUAAGCGACAACAACAACAAUUGCAGCUGGUAGAAAUACGCAGACAUGAGUUUGGCUUUAAUAGUAAAAAUGAUAUUGAUAAUGCAUUAAUGAUGGUUGCUGCCACAGAUGUUGCCACAACAGCAGCAACAACGACAACGCCCGCCGCCAGCAACAACAACACAACAGCAACAGUAGCAGUAAGCACAGCAACAGCUGAAACCACAACAACAUCAACAGCAACUGGCACAACAACUGUAACAACACCAGCAACAACAACAACAGCAACAGCAAUUGGCAUAGCACCGCCGCCAGUUGUUGCCUGAGUGGGGGUUAUACGUUAUUGUGCGAAACGCACUUUAACGGAUUUGUAGUAAAGCGCGGGUCGCGGUGCCCCCCACCCCUUCGCACCCUCUCUACACCCCACACUCCCAGCCAACCAACUCAUACCCCACCCCGCCCCACCACCACAACAACCAUUACAAACACACACGUGCAUAGUAUUAACAAGCAAAAGAGAAGGAAAUAAUUAAAUCUAUUGCAUAUGUAUGCAGUUUGGCGUAUGUUAAUAAUUAUCUAUAUACUAUAUAUAUAUUUUCUUAUCUAAUUUUUUUUUUUUUUUUGUUUAAUAUUAAUUGUUUUAUAUGCCUAAGCUAAGCGUUAAAAAGUCGCCGCCUAUCAAUUAUGUUACUUAAGUAAAAAAAAAAGAGAGCGAGCAAAACUAAAUUCUGCUAAUUAUGACAAGAAAAGCAAACAACAAAUAAUUUACAUAUAUAUAUAUAUAUUUAUUAUAAGUUCAAUUGUUUAUAAUUAGUAAUUAAGUUACAAGCACAUACACACACACACACACAGUUGCAUUGAGUUCAUCAUUAGCUGCAUACUUAGUUAAAAUUUUUGUUUUUCGAAUUGUGCGAGUAACGUCCUUUUUGGCGUUGCCACACAUGCCAUUAUUUUCUAGCAACGGUCUGUCAGUCUGUCUGGCAACGCUGUGCGCGCAUUAAACAUUUUUAAACGACAAUUAUGAAACGUAGUAGUUAUUGAUAUAUAUGUACAUAUAUGUUUGUAAUUUGUUAACUGUGUUGUCUCUCUCUCUCUCUCAUCACAUGCUCCCCAUAAACACACACACACACCAACACACUGGCAAAUUGUGGUGUUCUUUUAAGUUUCGUCGAAAUAUUCAAAUAUUCAUACAAAAAAUUAUGUUUAUGUAUUUAGAUUAUAAAAUUGUACUAUACGAAUAAUAUUAUGAAUAAAAAGAAAAACAACUAACUAUAUAAAUAUAAAUUGCGCAAAAUUCGAUAAAUUUUUUUGUGUUCUGUCAAAUUGUAUAUGUAUGUACUUGUAAAACUCUGAAUUGUAAUCGUUAAGUUUAGACAUGUAAAUUAUAGAUAAGUGCAAAAUACAAAAUGCAUACAUUUAUUUAUAUACAUAUGUAUAUAUAUGCAUGUAUGUACAUCUGUGCAUAUAUAGUAUGUAUGCAUGUGUGCAUGUAUGUACAUAUUUAGUAGUGUCUUUAUGUUGCGCGGCAGCUGCAUUGACAAAAUGGCGACAACAACAACAACAAUAUUUACUAUUAUGAUUAGGCUUAAGAAUGUAUUAUACAUGUAAUUUAUGAUAAUGUUCACACACACACACAACCAAUCGUAUAUAUAAAUAUAAAAAGAGAAUAUUUAAAUAGAAGCACAAGCAACAACAAAAUAUAAUAUUGUGUGAAUUAGUUAAAGAGAAGAAAUAAAAAUUUUUUAAUUAAAAUAAAUACGCAGAGAAGCGAAAUGUGGCAACGUAACGUAAUGUAGUGUAAGCUAACAUAACAUUAAGUAAAUAUAUAUAUUGUAGUAUAUAAAA